AUGGAUGAUGCGAAGGAGAGGAUGAAGGCGGCGGCAGAGAGUUCCAGGGUGAAAGCGGAGGAGGCCAAACAAGGUGCUGCCGAGGCCAUGCACGAUUCCAAAGACAAGAUGGAUUCCUGGGUCGAUUGGGCCUAUGACAAGUUCAAUGAGGGAUUUGGACUUGGACAGAACAAUGCAAAAGAGGAUGUUCAAAACACGAUGGAUAAAGCUGGGUAUGCUGCAUGGAGAGCCACGGAGACAAUGAGUUCUGCUGGAUCUGAUGCACCAAAGCAUGCUUCCAAGAUGGCGGGUGAUGCAAAACACUUCGUCUCUGAGAAAGCCGAUCAAACUAUAAGAAUGGCUACAGACAAGGUUGGUGAUGCGGACGAGACUAUAGCAGGAGCGAUGGAAUAUGGGAAAAACAAAGGAGCUGAUGCUUACGAGGAAGCUAGCGCGACACUGAACAUGUUUACAGAAACAGCUUCCAAUAGGGCUGGGGAUGCUCAAGAGAAGAUUUCAGAGGCAAUGGGGUAUGCAAAAGAUAAAGCAGCAGAUGGCUAUGAUGGAGCUAAGCAGAAAAUGAAUGUAGCUUCAAACAUGGCCUGGGAUAAGGCCCAGAAUGGGGGAGAGAUGAUGGAAGAAGCAAUGGGAUACGAAAAGGAGAAUGCAGCCAAUGCGUAUGACAAAGCAAAGCAUCGUGUGGAGGACUUGUACAUGACAGCGAAGGAGACCAUGACAGAACAUGCCAAGACUAAUUACGAGGCCGCAAAGGAGAAGGCUUCGCAGGCUGCAGGCGAUGUUGGGGCUAAGAUGAGGAACAUUAAGGGAGAGCUAUGA